GUAUGUCAUUUCCAUGUACUGAACUCUUGUUAUUCAACUAUGCCGAGGUAAAUUCAAUUUUUGAUUCUAGGGCACCUUUAAGUUGAUUUACUGUAAGCAUGACUGAAUCCGUUUUAACAUGUUCAUUUGUUGUAAGCCUUGAAAUGAAAGCACGCUCAGAACAAGUCAGACACAAUAGCUAAAUGUUAAUAGAAUAUCUUACCGCUUAAUUCCCCUUUAGUCAAAUAUGGAAAACCCAACCCUGCAAUGCAUAUCCAAUUUCUGCCUAAUUAAAUAUUAUGCAUAUGCAUAAUUAUGCAUAUUAAACAUAUGUUUGUUAUUUUUUAUUCUGUUCUCUGAGGCCGAGGCUUCUCACAUUAGUUUUACAUUACCAUUUUCACCCCCUCUGACCUGGGCCUUUCUUUGCUGAUCAACCUCUUUGCAUGUGGAAUGAGUAUGUAUUUGCUGUUUUUGCUGAUCAGAUGGUCAUUUUGGACUAGUGACAUUUUUAGUUUUCAAACACACAGCAUGUUUACUUUUUGUUGAAUAUGAACCCUUUAACAAUUUAACAAGUGACACUUUUAAAGCAGGACUCAUAAUGGUGCAUUACCUUGAAACUUUAGUUGUAACCAUUUUAUUUCAACUCUUCACAGAAUUCAGCUGAUUGCUCUGCUUAAUCAAGAGGAGUCAUGCCAAUUGUGAGGAGGAAGAAGUGUUUGGAGUGUUCUGCCAAACUAUCUAAAGACUACAUCAAGCUGCUGAUCGUCUAAAGGCAUAAAGCCAGCCAUCAGGAUCUGCGAUAGCCUUUAUGAUAUAAACAGAAAAGGAAUGCCAAAGUACUGGCAUCUAAUCUAUUAUUUAAUGUAAAGUUGUGAAGAAAUAGGUUCAUGAAGUCUCAGGGUGAAACGUUUUCCUUUGCUUUGAAAAGGACUAAAUAAACCUCCUUUGCAAUGUUUAUGGACAUGUUAUUGCUAAGGACCAUCAUAUCAACUGUUGGCAUCGUCAUCGCUGUUCAUUUUGAACUCUGUUUCUGUGGAUGUUCCCGUGCUGAAUAUGAGAUAAAUGGAGAAUGCUGCCCCAUGUGUGCUCCCGAACAAACCAACCAUGCAAGGAUCCAGCAGUGUGGGGUUCCGAAUCCUUCCUCCAGCCACUACCAGGGAGCGCUUGGAUCAACUGCGGGCGUUGAGGGCUCUACGCCAGGAGGGGUGGGAGGAAACCGUGUUUAUUGGCAUUGCACUGUAGAUACCAGUACAUCUUGUAUUCCAUGUCCUGCAUCAACUUACACAGAUGAACCCAAUGGACUCAUAACAUGUUUCUCCUGCACUGUGUGUGCUGCAGUCCAAGGAUUAAGGGUGAGGAAGGCCUGCACACGCUCUGCUGACACAAUUUGUGAGCCACAGGAAGGAUUCCAUUGCAUCGAACUAAAUAAAGGCAACUGUAAAUCAGCGGUGGAACAUGCUAAAUGUAAACCUGGACAAUAUAUUAAACAAAAAGGAACAGCAUUUACUGAUACUGUAUGUGCUAACUGCACAGAUGGCACUUAUUCAAAUGGCUCUCUGAUGGCCUGCCAACCACAUUCAAAAUGUGAGAUUAAGGGACUUACAGAAAUAAAAGCAGGAACAUCAUCUUCUGAUGCUGAAUGCGAGAAAGUGACUUCAGUUAAACUUAUAGUUGGAGUCACAGUUCCAGUUCUUGUUGCCGUUUUGGUGGCAUUAAUAGCAUACUUCAUAUACAGAAAACAUAAAGCACAGCCCUCUAACAAACGUGUCAAACCACAACAAGCAACUGAGGAUGAUUCAGAACUAAAAGUGGAGACCCUGCUGAACUAACUUUGAGAAACCAGGAUUAGGACGAGGUCUGCUGCUGUGCGCAGUUCCUGCAAAACACCUGGGUCAGAACUACCCUCGUGCAGUUCUUUUAGCACUUUAGCCUGGUAGACCUACAGCACCACCAUGGCAUGCAGGCCAGAGGCAGCCUCACCAC